GUAGUUCAUAGGCAUUUUCAUUAGAACGAUAUACAUGGAUUAUAGAAGGUUAUUUGAAUUAGCUUAUAUGCUCACAGGAAUCUCAUAGGUAGUUUCAUAACUGGAGGAAGAUCUUUUGGCUUGCUGAUGUAUCUGCUGUUGCAUUGCAUGGGAAUAAGAACAGUUCUUUCAUUGAGCCCUCUCACUAUAUUUGGACUCGGCAGUGGAACGAACUGGAGAGCAUUUUGAGGGAGAGGGAUUUUUUCCAUCAAUACUUAAGGGGCAUAUAUCUUUUGAUUUUAGAACUUUAGUCGGCUAGCAUCAUAAUUUUGGCAUCGUUAUCCUACAAUAUACUUAAAUCAUGUGAACAAUUCUGUUCUUAGUUUUGGACGGGCGCUAUCCAUGGUUGCUGCGAACAGGGAGCUUUCUUUGGGAUUGCGUCAGUUAGCAGCAGUUCUUCUAAAGCAAUUCAUUAAAAAACACUGGCAAGAAGGUGAUGACUCUUUUGAACAUCCUGCUGUAUCAAGCGAAGAAAAGGAAGUUAUACGCAGACUUCUUGUAGCUUCAUUGGAUGAUUCUCACAAGAAAAUCUGCACAGCAAUCAGUAUGGCCAUAGCUUCUAUUGCUAUGUAUGACUGGCCAGAGGGUUGGCCUGACUUAAUGCCAUCCCUUCUAAAGUUGAUUUCUGAUCAAACUAAUAUAAAUGGAGUAAAUGGAGCUCUAAGGUGCUUAGCCCUUCUAUCUGGAGAUCUAGAUGAUACAGUGGUGCCUACACUAAUACCUGUUUUAUUCCCAUGCUUACAUACAAUUGUAUCUUCCCCUCAGAUGUAUGAUAACUAUUUGCGAAUGAAGGCCCUUUCAAUAGUUUAUUCUUGCACAUCCAUGCUUGGAGUUAUGAGUGGUGUAUAUAAGACAGAAACCAGCGCAUUGAUGACACCAAUGCUUCAACCCUGGAUGGAUCAAUUUUCUAUGAUCUUACAACAGCCGGUGCAAUCUGAAGAUCCUGAAGAUUGGAGCAUGAGAAUGGAGGUCUUAAAGUGCUUGAAUCAGUUUGUUCAGAAUUUUCAUAGUCUUGCUGAAAGUCAAUUUAUAGCUAUUCUGGGACCUUUGUGGCAAACAUUUGUAACGUCUCUAAAAGUGUAUGUGCGAUCAUCAGUUGAGGGUACAGAAGAUCCGUAUGAGGAUAGUUAUGACUCUGAUGGUGCCGAGAAAAGUCUUGAUUCAUUUGUUAUCCAGCUUUUUGAAUUUCUCUUGACUAUUGUUGGCAGUGCGAAAUUGAUGAAGGUUAUUUGGAAUAAUGUUAAGGAAUUGGUUUAUUACACCAUAGCUUUUCUGCAAAUCACAGAGAAACAGGUCCAUACAUGGUCAUUGGAUGCUAACCAAUUCGUUGCGGAUGAGGAUGAUGUUACUUAUAGCUGUCGUGUUUCUGGCGUGCUUCUGCUAGAGGAGGUGAUUAACUCUUUCGGUGGAGAUGGAGUCAAUGCCAUCAUAGAUGCUCUGAGAGAGAGAUUCAACGAGUCUCAACGAGCAAAAGCUACUGGUUCCAUAGUUUGGUGGAAAAUGAGGGAGGCUACACUCUUUGCUGUUGCAUCUCUGUCAGAGCAAUUGCUUGAAUCAGAGGCUUCAGGAUUGACCAAGGUCAGCUUAGGAAACCUCAUAGAUCAGAUGAUCACUGAAGACAUCGGGACAGGGGUGCAUGAAUAUCCCUUUCUUUAUGCUCGUAUUUUUAUAUCAGUUGCUAAGUUCUCCUCUGUGGUCAGUCACGGAGUGCUUGAGCAAUAUAUCUCUGUAGCUAUACAGGCGGUUGGCAUGAAUGUGCUCCCACCUGUGAAAGUAGGUGCUUGCAGGGCUCUCUCGCAACUCCUACCUGAAGUUAACAAAGGAAUCUUUCAGCACCAAAUGAUGGGAUUAUUUUCAUCGCUUACUAAUCUUCUUCAUCAGGCAUCUGAUGAAACGUUACACCUAGUACUUGAAACAUUGCAGGCAGCAAUUAAGGCAGGUCAUGAAGUAUCAGCAAUGGUUGAGUCUAUCAUCUCACCUGUAAUCUUGAAUAUGUGGGCGGUGCAUGUUUCUGAUCCCUUUAUCAGCAUCGAAGCAAUUGAAGCUCUGGAGGCAAUAAAAAAUGUUCCUGGCUGUAUUCAUCUAUUGGUUUCUCGAGUUUUGCCGCAUAUUGGGCCUGUCUUGAAUAAACCACAUCAGCAACCUGAUGGAUUGGUAGCUGGAUCCUUGGAUCUGGUAACCAUGCUAUUAAAGAAUGCUCCAAGCGGCGUAAUAAAAGCAUUAUAUGAUGAUUGUUUUGAUGCUGUUGUCCGGAUAGUCCUCCAAAGUGAUGAUCAUAGUGAAAUGCAGAAUGCCACAGAAUGUUUAGCUGCUUUUAUAUCUGGAGGAAGGCAAGAAAUACUCUCUUGGGCUGCUGAUUCUGGAUUUACAAUGAGAAGUUUGCUUGAUGCAGCUUCAAGGCUUCUUGACCCUGACUUGGAAAGCUCUGGAUCUCUUUUUGUUGGGAGUUAUAUUUUGCAACUCAUUUUAUAUCUGCCAUCGCAAAUGGCACAACAUAUUCAAGACCUUGUUGCUGCUCUUGUCAGGCGAUUGCAAACAGCUCAAAUAGCAGGACUGAGAAGCUCCUUACUACUUAUUUUUGCUAGAUUGGUCCACAUGAGUGCCCCUCAUGUUGAACAAUUUAUAGAUAUGCUGAUCACUAUUCCUGCUGGAGGCUAUGAUAAUUCCUUUGUUUAUAUAAUGUCUGAAUGGACUAGGCAGCAAGGGGAGAUACAAGGGGCAUAUCAAAUUAAGGUUACAACCACUGCUUUGGCCUUAUUGCUGUCCACAAAGCAUGCUGAACUGGGGAAGAUUAAUGUACAGGGAUAUUUGAUUAAGUCUGCUGCAGGGAUAACUACUCGCUCAAAAGCUAAGCUAACUCCAGAUCAGUGGACAGUAAUGCCGCUUCCUGGAAAGAUAGUGGCUUUGCUGGCUGAUGCUUUGAUUGAAAUCCAAGAGCAAGUACAAGCUGGUGAUGAUGAUGAGAGUGAGUGUGAAGAAAUACAGGAAGGAGCUGUGGAAUCUGAUAAGAAUUCGAUGUACUCUGCUGCUGGUACAUCGUUUGGCAGAACCACAUAUGAUCAACUUGAAGCAAUGGCGAAAGCGUUUAAUGAGGAUGAUGAGGAUGGGGAUGAUAAUGGCUUGUUGCAUGUUGCUGAUCCACUGAAUGAGAUUAACUUGGCAAGCUAUCUUGCGGAGUUCUUUGGGAAGUUCUCUCACAGUGACAGAGAACUGUUUGAUCAUCUUUGCCAGGGUUUGACACACGCCCAACAAGAUGCUAUUAGGACAGUAUUAGAGCGGUAACAUGCUUUUUUUUUGCUUAAGACUGGACUGUGGGGUGCUAUUUUUUGUGUGCAUGUGUGCGCGCCCCUUUUUAUUGCUAUUAUUAUUAUCUUUUUGUGGUUUUAUGGUGGGAUGGGGGCCAAAUUAUUUCAUUGAUUUAUUGAAGAAAGAAACAGAACCGCUGAGUGUGAGUUUGUAAAGCGAAAAUGUAUGUUCAAUUCUUGACAUUUACGGAAGUAAAUCGCUGGAUUAAUAUGCAUAUCCAAAAUCCAAUGAAACACAGUAGGGUUUCUAAGCA